AUGGAGGCGGCUGCCGCCAGCCCCGUGCGCUUCAAGAGCAACUAUGCCGUGUCGAGGAGAAUCGAGCCCUUCUACAAAGGAGGCAGAGUGCAGCUAAACCGAGAUGGAAAGUUCAUGUUCUGUCCCUGCGGGACCAAGCUAAACGUCAUCGAUGUAGAGACAGGAGCCCUGCACAGCCUUCAGCAGGAUGAGGAUGAGGAUAUCACUUCGUUUGUUCUCAGCCCUGAUGAUGAGCUGCUGGUGACAGGGAGCAGAGCCCUGCUGCUGAAGCAGUGGAGCUGGCAAGAGGAGCGAUGCGUCCGCACCUGGAGAGCUGUGCACACUGCGCCCGUGGCCAGCAUGGCCUUCGACUCCACCUCCACGCUGCUAGCCACAGGUGGCUGUGACAGCACCAUUAAGAUCUGGGAUAUGAUCAAACAGUACUGCACACACAACCUGAGAGGAUCCUCAGGAGUUGUACACUUGGUCCAGUUCCACCCUGACCCCUCCUGCCUGCAGCUCUUCUCCUCAUCUAUCGACUACAAAAUCCGCAUCUGGGACCUGAGCUCCAGCAAGUGUGUGGCCAUGCUGGGAGGGCACUUCAGUGCUGUCACCUCCCUGGCCUUUGCAGAUGGAAACACCCUCCUCAGCUCUGGCCGUGACAAAGUCUGCCUGGUGUGGGACCUGCAGAGCAGAGAGAGCAAACGAACUGUCCCUGUCUACGAGAGCGUGGAAGCUGCUAUCCUGCUGCCCAAGGAGGGAGAUUUCUCUCAGUUGGGUGUCAAGAAACAAGGGUUGCACUUUGUCACAGCUGGCAGCAAAGGCGUCCUGAAGGUUUGGGAAGCUGCCACAGCUGCUUGUGUGUACACCCAGGCUGUGCCCUUUGAGCUGAAGGAGGAGGCCAGUGAGCACAGCCUCACCCAGUGCAUGCUUGUGCCUGGGAGGAAGGAGAUUGUCACAGUGUCUGUGGAGCACAACAUUGUUCUGUAUGAUGCUCAAACUCUUCAGCUCAAGAAGCAGCUUGCAGGUUACAACGACGAGGUUCUGGAUGUGAAGUUCCUUGGCCCAGGUGAUUCUCACAUCGUUGUGGCUACCAACAGCCCUCAGCUGAAGGUCUUUCAACUGGCCACAUCACACUGCCAGAUCCUCUAUGGCCACACAGAAACAGUUCUUGCUCUGGAUGUCUUCAGAAAAGGUCUGAUGUUCGUCAGCUGUGCUAAGGACAGAAGCCUCCGGCUCUGGCGGCUGCACAAGGACAGCAGCGUCACCUGCGUGGCCCAGGGGCUGGGCCAUGCUCAUGGGGUGGGAGCUGUCUCCUGCUCAAGACUGAAAGAGAGCUUCGUAGUAACCAGCAGCCAGGACUGCACGAUCAAGAUCUGGGACAUCCCAGAGGCCCUCACUUCCAGAGCAAAAGCUGCUUUGGUCUCCAGCCCAGAGACCCUUCGUGCCAGAGUAACCGAGCGGGGCCAUGACCAGGACGUGAACAGCCUGGCAGUGUCCCCCAACGACCGGCUGCUGGCCACGGGCUCCCAGGACCGGCUGGCCAAGCUCUGGGCAGCUGCAGAUUGCUCUCUGCUGGGCGUCUUCACCGGGCACCGGCGUGGCAUCUGGUGUGUGCAGUUCUCCCCAGUGGAUCAGGUCCUGGCCACCUCUUCAGCAGAUGGCACCCUGAAGCUGUGGAGCCUGCGGGACUUCAGCUGCCUCAAGACCUUUGAAGGCCAUGAUGCCUCUGUGCUGAAGGUGAUUUUUGUGAGCCGAGGAACACAGCUGCUCAGUGGUGGCUCUGAUGGCCUCUUAAAGCUCUGGACAAUUAAAACAAACGAGUGUGUGAAGACUUUGGAUGGUCAUGAAGAUAAAAUCUGGGGUCUGCACUCCAACAAGCAAGAUGAUAUGGUUGUGACAGCAUCCAGUGACUCCUGCAUCACCCUCUGGAAGGAUGUUACUGAAAUUGAGGAGAAGGAGGAACAAGCUAAACAGGAGGAGCAGAUUAUAAAGGAGCAAGAGCUCUCUAACCUGCUGCAUGAGAAGAGGUACCUCAGAGCUCUGGGCUUGGCCAUCUCCCUGGGUCGCCCACAUACGGUGCUGACCGUGGUCAAAGCCAUCCUCAAGGCACCUGAUGGGAAGAAGCACCUGGAGGAGCACAUAGCUCGGCUGCGGAAGGACCAGAAAGAGGCAGUGCUGAGCUUCCUGGUGACGUGGAACACGAACUCCAGAAACUGCCACGAGGCCCAGGCUGUCAUUGAGACCCUCCUGAAGCAUGAAGCUCCUGACAGCCUCCUGCAGUACUCAGGCAUUAAAUCUGCUGUGGAAUCCCUGCUGCCCUACACUGAGCGCCACUUCCAGAGGCUGAGUCGCUUGCUGCAGGCCUCCAUGUUCAUCGAUUUCCUGUGGCAGAACAUGAAGCUGGCUGAUGUGUGCCAGCAGGAGGAGAUGACUUUGUGACCCUCUUCCCUCCAGCUGCUCUUUCCAGAGGGGACAGGGCCCUGCUGUGCAUCCAGCGGUGGCAGCUGCUCUAUUCCUGCAUU